AUGGUUGUGCUUUGAAUUUGUCAUAAUAAUAACAACUUUUUUUCUGUUCUCCACAGAAGAAUAUACUUGUCGAAAAUGAUGUAAAGAUGGACAAAGAUGGUCUCACUGAUCUAUAUAGACAACAUGCCAUUCCACUGCCUCAGCGUGACUUACCAAAAAGUAGAUGGGGGAAAAUGAUGGAAAAGAAAAGACAGCAAAAUGAGUCAAAAAGUGAGAAUAAAAGUGUUACAACGGUGGAAGGUUUAAGGAAACGGCCAUUAAUCGUAUUUGAUGGCAAUUCAACAAGUACAAGCAUAAAGGUGAAGAAGACAGAGAAUGGAGCUGCUGAUCGGCUAAAACCUCCUCCAGCUGGAAGCACCACCAACACUGUUAGAAGAUUAUCAGUUCCUUCAAAUGCCUCAACAUACAUUUCAGCCUCCAGUUUAUCAGAGGACGCUAAGCUGGGAAUGAGGAAUAAUGAGGCUAAGCAGAACAAUAUUUCAAAGACUAACAGCAGUGUAUUGGCCAGUCUGAAGGUGUACCCUUUGUCUCCGGUAGCAGGAACUACUGUUGUGAAGUUAAAGAGAGCUGUUCCAAAAGAAGAAUCUGAUUUGCCGAAUGACCUAAAGCCUACGGAAGCAAAGAAGAAAAUCCAGCAUGUUACAUGGCCAUGAAGUAGCUAAUGGUGCUUGAAACAUAAAUGUAACAUCAAUAUUUUCAAACAGAUAAGUCCUAUUUAAACAGUUUAAGUACAAUUCUUUUUAAAACUUACAGGGAUUCAGAUUGCUGUGAAGUUUUAACAAGUUUAAAAGUUCCCUGGUAUAAAGCUGGAGUCAUCACCAGUCACCUUAAGAGCGUCUACUCUUGUACACCAAGUAGUUCAUUACUUCUUUAAAAGGUGGUAAUAUUACAACAUACUAAACGCCCCACUUUUAGUUUUCAAGAUUUAUUAUAGUUCAUCUCCUGCAUGUCACUAUGAUUCACACAUAUAAAUAUAUCUUUUUUUUGUUUCAGUAAGAUUCAGUUUUGUUCCACUUCUGGUUAAAUAGUUAAAAUAGCUAUUGAGAUUCAGAGUGAUCCCAAGAGCCUUCUUGGCUUCAAAAAGAUAAUUCAUUUAUAUGAGAAAACUGACCGUUCUGCUGAUAAGAUAGUCUGAGACAAUUUUUUUUUCCUUUUUGUUGCACAGAAAAGGAGUGUAGAAUUUACAGUGCAAGUUAGGUUGGUAAUAAGAGAUGAACUAUUUAACAGCAUUGCUUCAAAUUGAAGUUUCUCUUAUUGACGUAUGAAAUAAGAAAUGCACAGAUGGAAGUAUGUUUAAUUAGACUGUUUGAUAUGAAUCUUUGAGAGGAAGUAGUGAAUGGAUUAGUGCCAUGUUCUCUUAAAUACACAGGCAUAUUUUAUAGAUGCAUAAGUGUAAAAAUGUGCCGAUGUAGCAAAUUUGCUUGUUUUCCUGAUUACAAUCAUGCUUAUAAAAUAUGGGGAAAACCUGUGGAAUGCAGGUCAGUGCUUUCUCAACUUACUAACAGUCGGAGAGGGACAGGCAUAGGAAGACAAAGAAGUACCUUGAGAGCAUUAGGGUAUGUAAUUGCAUCUAAAAAAAGAAAAAACAACCUGUUUUCCCUUCCUUUGAUAGUUUAAGAUGGAUGUUGAUUUUCUGUGAAACUUGGUGUUUCCUCUGGAUUAUUGGUAGUGCCUUAUAAGGCAGAAAUCCAGUUAAGUUGAUGGAAACAUUUUUAUUAAAUCUCAGUGGCUCAGGGUGAAGCCAAUUUAGAUCCAUUUUAGAUAUGGAUGGUAAAUAAUAAUAAUGCUCCCAGACUUAGUAAAACAGAAACAAAAAAAAAAAGAAUCGACUUCUGAAUCCAUGUAGUUAACCCACUAACUGUCAGUAGUGAUCUGAAAACUUGUUUACAUUUUUAACGUUGGUUAAUAUUGAAACCAAAAACUGUAGCUUAAUUCAUUACUGACAGAAGUUCUCCAUUCACUGUUAUAACAUAAAAGGCACUUCUCGAAUGCUGUAAAAUGGUAAGAAUGUGUGUUUUGAAAUAUUGUGUGCUGUUUCCCUUUUACUAAACACUUGUGUAGUUUUUGUACUUGAGUACAGCAAACUUUAACGUAAUGUACAUUUUGUAUGUAAAAAGUUGUCUUUUAAGUAGCCUUAUCCUAUUUAAAUAAAUUCAAUUAAAAGCAAA